CACUCAGCGCCUGGUUCAUUGUCACUUCGAUGAGUCCCUGGUAUCAGAGCCAUCCGGAGUCCCGAGACGAACGCACGUUUUAUUUUCCUCGUUCUGUUCUAUUUUUUUUCGGGUUCACCAGUCCCGUUUCAAUUUUUAUUCAUCACCAUAUAUUCGUCGGUUACUUGUGUCAUUAAUUUAAACUUCUCCAGAUAUGGAAUAUUUACUUCGUUCAAGAGGGCACACGCGCUCGCCCUCAGACACCCAGGCUUUCCGGGAGAGAACGAAACGGGACGCCGAAAAUGAGCUCGCCGCGGAGUUGCAGAAGCUGGAGAAUACAGCACCCCCACAUCUUCGUCAGAACUUUCACGAGGAGUUUGAGGGUUUUACCAAUUUAUUCCAGAGAUUCCUCCAGGAUUCAGGGCCCUCAGUCAACUGGGAACAAAUCCAAAAGCUUCCGGAAGAUGCAAUCAGAGAUUACGACUCCUUGAAAGAACCCACCAACGAGGAAAUACGUGAAAUGCUGAGUAAGCUAGUGGUAGUAAAAUUGAAUGGAGGUCUUGGUACAAGUAUGGGUUGUCACGGACCCAAGUCCUCAAUAAUAGUUCGAAAUGACUUGACCUUCCUGGACCUGACGGUGCAGCAGAUUGAGCACUUGAACAAGGCUUACGGUGUGAACGUCCCCUUGGUCCUCAUGAACUCCUUCAAUACCGACGUCGACACCCAGAAAAUAAUACGAAAAUACAAGGGCUUCGACGUAACUAUAAAGACCUUCAACCAAAGCUGUCACCCCCGAAUAAACAAGGAGUCACUGCUCCCAGUGGCGAGGAACUGCGAUGUGACCGAGGAGCUUGAGGCAUGGUAUCCCCCAGGCCACGGCGACUUUUACGAGAGCUUCCAGCGUUGUGGACUUCUCGACGAGUUCCUGAAGGACGGCAGGGUCUACUGUUUCAUCUCUAACAUCGAUAAUUUGGGGGCAACAGUGGACAACAAGAUCUUGAAGCUUCUCCUGGAGUCCACCGACAAGCCCCAUGAGUUUGUCAUGGAGGUCACCGACAAGACGAGAGCUGACGUCAAGGGUGGAACGCUAAUACAAUAUGGCAACAAACUCCGACUCCUCGAAAUCGCCCAGGUCCCCAAAGAGCACGUGGAGGAGUUUAAGUCUAUCAAGAAGUUUAAGUUCUUCAAUACGAAUAAUCUGUGGGCAAAACUCAGUGCCAUUGAGAGAGUCCUGAACGAAAAAUCCCUCGAUCUGGAGAUAAUCGUCAAUCCCAAGGUCUCAGACACUGGAAUUCAUGUGAUUCAACUCGAAACAGCUGUCGGCGCUGCCAUGAAGUCCUUCGAAAGGUCAAUCGGUAUUCAUGUCUCUCGGAGCAGAUUCUUGCCUGUCAAGAAGACAUCGGAUCUCAUGCUGGUUAAGAGCAAUCUGUACGUUCUUCGCCAUGGUUCACUACUCAUGAGCCCUCAGAGAAUGUUCCCGGGAACUCCACUCAUCAAACUUGGGGACAAUCACUUCGCCAAGGUCGAGGAAUUCUUAAGGAGGUUCAGCACAAUUCCGGACUUGUGUGAACUGGAUCAUCUGACUGUCUCUGGAGAUGUCACAUUUGGACGGGAUGUGUCACUCAGGGGUACCGUCAUUAUCAUUGCCAAUCAUGGGGAUAGGAUCGAUUUACCCUCGGGGACGAUUCUAGAAAAUAAAAUUGUGUCUGGAAAUCUUAGAAUUCUGGAUCAUUGAGAGGGAAACUCUUUUUUAGGAUUUUUAGAGGAAUUUUUUAGGAUAUCUAAGUGCGAUUAUGUUUCAUUGAAUAGGAUUAUGCAAUCUGUUAUUGAUCGGCAAACUUUCUGAUAAAUCGCUUUCAUUCAUUGCAAAGGGAUUCCGAAAAAAUGGAAUAACAUGCCAUUAUCUCCUUUCAUGAGAGAAAUAGGAAGGUCGGAUGGAACUGUCAAUUUCAUUCGCUGAAUGUUCUUAUUCGUGGAAAGGGAAACUCUUGAUUUUUUUUACCUUAGUUUCAUUGUAAAGAAUGAGCGAUUGGGGAACGCUAUUCAAGGUGAUGAAAUACUGAUGAUGACCAUCUCCAUUAACGUCUUUUCGUUAUCAGAAUGACGUCUAACGGUUUACUGUCACAUUCUUGACUUUUGUUCUUAUCGAUCAUUAGAUAACCCCAUUGUAUUUUACCUGAGGCAAAAUUCAGUUAAAAAAUCGAGGGACUUAGACUAAUCCCAGUCCUUUAAAUCCAACGUUUGUUCGAUCAACGCACUAAGAUUUGGUUGCCGGGGUUCUCCCCUAGGAUAUUGCCCCGUAGAUUAAGACUUGAUAUUAAUAGUUUUUUAAUCACGACGAUUUUAGCAAAUUUCAAUUCUCAUUCUUCGGAAAAGCGCAACAAACGUAGAAUUCUGGUGGAUUUCUAUGACAAAAUUUCGAGACUUAUUGGCCCUGAUUGUUAUCAUUAACCAGUAGUUUCUAUGUGAGAUUUUCUAUCUAAAAACUACACAAUAAAGUUGCGGAACUCUUGGAUAGAAUUUCAUUGAGAUUUUUAGACCAAAUUCUGCGGGUUUUUAGCCACUCUAAUAAAGAUGUUGAUGUCUGUUGCAUGAAAUAAUAUUUUUGAUCUAGUCUACACUAAAGUCAUACUCAAAAUUCAAAAAUUCAAUUCAAUCACACCACUGGAAAAUGGUAUUGACGUGCGGCUAACAUUUAUUGAAAAAAUUCGGACGGCUCUCUCUCGUCAUCUUUCUCACUCUCUCCCUUAUAAAUUGAUCCUCCCUCGUAUAAAAAUUGAACUUCAAUAAAUAUAUUUUAUAACUUAUGUAUAAAUAAAACCGAAAUUGCUGAUAGUUUACGAGAAAAAUAAAUUUAUGAUUCGUCGUUUGAAAUAAAAAAAAAAGAGAAAAAAAAA